CUCACUGUCUCUGUCUCAGGUUGAGUUCUGCACGAUGGUCGCAGAUACCACCUACUACGAUGCCUUGGGCGUCCCUCCCACGGCCUCCGAACUCGAGAUCAAGAAGGCCUACCGCAAACUGGCCAUCGUCACCCAUCCUGAUAAGAAUCCCGGGGACGAGACCGCGCAUGCCAGGUUUCAGGCUAUCGGAGAAGCCUACCAAGUCCUCAGCAACGAAGACCUACGAAAACGCUACGAUAAGUUCGGAAAGGAAGAUGCAGUCCCCGCCAGUGGUUUCGAGGACCCCUCCGAGUUCUUCGGUAUGAUCUUCGGCGGUAAUGCGUUUGUCGACCUGAUCGGUGAAAUCUCUCUGAUGAAAGACCUCACGGCGACCAUGGAUAUUACGAUGCAGGAGAUGGAGGAGGAGGAACUGGCUGCGUCUGCCGAGGAGAAGCUGAACAUCCACGACCAAGAGACCAAGGCUGCGGGCGAGACCGAAGGCACGCAGCCGGCUGCUGCUGCUGAUACUCCUACUGCUGAUACCACUGCAGCUCCCGCCCCGGCCGCUGCCCCCGCUCCCACUGCCGCUCCCGAAGAGUCAACUCCGGCAGAGAAACCCGCCGCCGCUUCCAGCUCCGGUAGAAGCGCCCCUCGCCGCCCCCUGGGCCAGCAGGCGAUCAUGGACAAGUCCGAGGAAGAGGCGCGCAUGGAGGCAGCUGGUCUGUCGGCCGAGGAGAAGGAACUCCGCAAGAAGGAGAAGAAGAAGGGUCUGUCCCGGGAGCAGCAGGAGCGUCUGGCGGCCUACGAACUCGAACGCAAGAAGGCCCGCGAGGAGCGCGUCGACACGCUGGCGACCAAGCUGGUGGACAAGAUCAGCGUAUGGACCGAGACCGACAAGGGCACCGACGUCACCCGCGCCUUCGAGGAGAAGAUCCGGCUGGAGGUGGAGAACCUCAAGAUGGAGUCGUUCGGCCUGGAGAUCCUGCACGCCAUCGGCCAGACGUACGUGCAGAAGGCCAGCUCGUUCCUGAAGUCGCAGAAGUUCCUGGGGAUCUCCGGCUUCUUCUCGCGGCUGAAGGACAAGGGCACGCUGGCCAAGGAGACGUGGACCACCAUUUCCACGGCCAUCGACGCUCAAAUGACCAUGGAGGAGAUGGCCAAGCUGGAGGAGCGCGGCGGCGAGGACUGGACGGACGAGAAGAAGGCGGAGUACGAGAAGAAGGUGACGGGCAAGAUCCUGGCGGCGGCGUGGCGCGGCAGCAAGUUCGAGAUCCAGAGCGUCCUGCGCGACGUGUGCGACCAGGUGCUGGGCGACAAGCGCAUCAAGCUGGACAAGCGGGUGGAGCGGGCGCACGCGUUGAUCAUUGCGGGCAACAUCUACCAGAAGGCGGAACGCGAUCCCGAGGAAGAAGGCGACUACAUGGCGUUCGAGCAGCUGAUGGCGGAGGCGAUGACGAAGAAGGGCAAGGACGAGAAGAAGAAGAAAAAGAAGCACGAGCACGAGGAAGAGGCGACGUCCGCAUAGACUACUAAUUAUUGUUAUCAUUCCCCUGUUGUUAAGACUGGAUACGUUGAUAUUGUUCCGAAACCGGCUGACAUAGAU